AUGGCCAAGACAGGUUAUGUCGGACUGUCGGUCGACCAGUGGGAGCACUGGCUCUGGAACCCAGUUCCCGACGUCCAGGCCUAUUUCUCCCCAUCGGUCGCUGUCUAUAAGGCUAUCGCUGGUGUCGGUCGCAGGAUGCAAUACCAGCUUUCCGACACGGAUCCCAUUCCGGGGCCGAUGUACCAACGGUCGAAGCACAAGGAGCAGGCCCAUCGUGUUUCGGCUGGGGGCACAAUCAUGUGUGUUACUGAUAACGCCGGUCGGGAAGAUGAGGUCAAACUUCUGUUGACCCGGUUCGUGGUCGUGCUGGAAGUGCAGGUCGAUGAGUUCCAACUGGCUAUGGAACAAGGGUCGGUCAGACCAUGCACCAACGACGGCUUCGUCGUGAGGAACCUCGACUUGUCGGUCGAGAAGCACCUCAAAGUCACACGCAUGGACGCCCGCCUCGAGGUGGAGGCGUUGCCAAGUGACGUGCCGGUCGACAAGCCUGCUUUCGUGUUCUACAAGAUCUCCGAUGAUGUGACGGAGCUGUCGGUCGUGAAGAAGCUAGCUACAGCAUGUGGCGGCACGGCGGUCGAUGUGCGGCUGAGCUACUAUGGAGUGGGCAUGCUUCCAGCUGGACUCCUUCACUAUGAUGAAAGCAUGUCGCCGGACUACUACUACGCGCCGACGCUUCCCCAGAUGGGCGUUGAGUCGGUCGCCGCGGAGUACAAGGUCAUGGUUCAGUUCAGCAACAAGGUGCCGGUCGGUGACUUCGUGAAGUUAAAGAACCUCGAGACGCUGAAAGAAUACAUGUACCAGAACGAUAAAGAGUUGGAGGAGCUGAACAGUCGGUCGUCAACUCUGCUCGCGAUACAGAAGAAGCUGGUCGCAGAAAUGGAUGAGAUGCUCGCCAAAGAGUCGGUCGUGGAUCUGGCGGGCAAGACAACGGUGUCGGUCGAGGAUCUGGCGGGCAAGACAAAGCAGCCACUCGUCAUGGAGUCGGUCGAGGAAGAUGUUGCAGGCAAGACAAAGCAGCCGCUCGUCAUGGACCAGGUCGCUGAGUCUAGCUGA